ACUGCAUGAAUUCCCAUCUGACUGUUCUUCUCUGGAACUUCAGUUUCAUUUAGUGCACUGCUUUCAUUUCAUGUGACUCCACAUACAGUACAUGUGAACUGUGAGGAGAGAAAGCUGUAGCUUAUAGUAGAUGCAGUAGAUCAUGAGGUGAAGGAUGAAUCAGGAAUCAUGACAGUCAAUGUUGUAGAAAAACAGAUUCACUCUCUGAACACACUGAAGGAGAGAGAGAGAGAGAGAGAGAGAGAGAGAGAGAGAGAGAGCGGUUGAGGAGGAGUAGAAGGGAGUGUUCAAACACACACCACCCUUUUCUCUCAUCUCUAUUAGAGCCGACACUGAAAUCUCAAAUCACAAUACUCCAAACUCACAGCGAACUCUGUCCCAGCUCUAUUCUACAGCAACCUUGCCGGUCAUCAGGAUGUGGAUGGUGCUGCUGGGACUCGUGUCUGGAUUACUGGCCUCCUCCAGAUCAGAGGCGACCGCAGUGGUGAAUGCACGGAGCUGCAGCUAUGUUGGAGUGUUUCAUGUCGAGGGGAGCGAACGCUAUAAUCUGACGUAUGAGAUGGCCAAGAGCUUGUGUGAAGAGUUAUCAUCUUCAUUAACCACUAUGGAGCAGGUGGAGGAAGCCUAUAAAAAAGGACUACAGACAUGCAGGUAUGGCUGGGUAAACGGCACAAAGCUGGUGAUUCUCCGUCACGAGUCAAACGAAAACUGUGCUAAUGGCCAAAUCGGCAUCACCAAGAAGAUUCCAGACGGAAAGAAAUAUGAUGCUUACUGUUACGAUGCUACAGAUUUGUCAGUGAAAAACUGUGCAGCUGAGAUUGAUCCUUACAGUAUGAAUACAGGACACUCAGAUACGGCCAUAUCAUCAGGCUGGCUGGUCAUUUUAAUGGCAGUGUUUUGGCAGUUCUUCUCAUUAUGCUUCUCUGUGUUAUUGUAGCAACCAAAAAAGAUGGUGUGGCAAGAAAUGGACUCUGAUUAUUGCAAAAACAAACAAACAAAAAAAGAACAACAGUGAAGAAAAUCUGGAUGAGUCAACAGAGAAAACAUUAUAAAACAUGACCAGAGAAAGUGAAGUUAUUUGGCUUUGCUUGGUAUAUAACACUGGUGAAAUCAGUGCUUGUCAGAUGAAAGACACAACUAAGAUUGUUCAAUAAACUCAGUUGUUUCUGUCA